UCUCAAUCCACAUCGAUUUCCAAUACGGAACCCUAGAAAACCAGAGAUAUCUUCAUCUCAGUCCAGCGAUGUCCGGCCGCGGGAAGGGAGGGAAAGGGUUGGGAAAGGGCGGAGCCAAGCGUCACCGGAAGGUGCUGAGGGACAACAUUCAGGGAAUCACCAAGCCGGCGAUCCGGAGGCUGGCGAGGAGGGGCGGCGUGAAGAGGAUCAGCGGCCUGAUCUACGAGGAAACCAGAGGUGUCCUCAAGAUCUUCCUCGAGAAUGUGAUUCGUGAUGCGGUGACUUACACAGAGCACGCUCGGAGGAAGACUGUGACCGCCAUGGAUGUGGUCUAUGCUCUGAAGAGGCAAGGCAGGACUCUGUACGGAUUUGGAGGUUGAUCCGUUGUUGUAUUCCAGUUUAGCGUUUCUUUGUUUCUGUUUUUCAGAUCUGAAACUUCUCUGUUAAUUCCGAUGCUGGUUUAAUCACGGAUGACUUUUGUUGCUGAAUCUUAAUGAUACUUUAUUUCGUUUUCCUUCGUGGAUCUGUAGUGUUACGCUUUGUAUCUUCGGAUUCUCAAUUGAUCUUCAUCUUCUUAAAAUUAACAUCUGAGUAUUUGCUUAUCAGGCUUUAAAAAAUUUGCAGUUGAAUU